AUGGCCACUCAUAUAUCCAUUUUUGAGGAGUUCAACUUCAGAGAAAUGAUAGAAGUGUCAGCAGAAGGGCAGGCUGGUGGAAUGGUGAUUCUAUGGAAUCAUAAUAGGGUUGUAGUGAACAACUUCACUAGAAGAAAUCAGGAAAUCCAUGCCAUGAUAAAGAAAGGUAUCAAUAGUACAGUACAAAAACAAAUAAAGAUACACUGGCAUAAACCACCUAAAGGCUGGUACAAAUUCAAUAUUGAUGGUGCUUUCAUUGGAAAUAUUUUCCAAGGUGGUAUAGGUGGAGUAGCAAGAAACAACACAGGAAGCUGGAUACUAGCUUUUCACAUGAAAGUUCCAACCUUAUCAGUAACACAAGUGGAGCUCCAAGCCCUAAGAGGAUGCCUGCAAAUCAUAAUGCAGCACAAUUUAACGCCAGUGAAAAUAGAGACAGAUGCAUCAGAGACUAUCAAUAUGUUAGACAAUGACCACCAUACUUACCCAAAACUAAUCUAUGAAUGCAGGUGGUUGAUGAAACAAACAAGGAGGAAGGACCAGGUUGUACUCAGGCAUAGCUUCGGGCAAGGGAACGGGGUGGCACAUGCCUUGGCAAAAAUGGCACUGAUGCAGACCAACAUAAAUAAAGUCUCCCUUAUGGCAACUCCACCGGAACCAGCAAUACAACCGUAUCAGAAGGAUCUGGAGGGUUUUUAUUUUGUUAAAUAUGUUUGUGCUAGUACUUGUUUGAAGUUGGUUGCUUUAGGAAACUUAGAUGCCUUGUAUGGCACUGAUAAUAUCAUGUAA